AUGAAUCAUCUAUCUAUCUAUCUAUCUAUCUAUCUAUCGCAAACUAUUCAUAUCUAUCUCUGUCUAUUCAUAUCUAUCUAUCUAUCUAUCUAUCUAUCUAUCUAUCUAUCUAUCUAUCUAUCUAUCUAUCUAUCUAAGUCUGUUCAUAUAUAUCUCUCUAUCCUUCUCAGUUUGUUCAGAUACUGUAUAAGUCUGUCCAUAUCUAUCUAUCUAUCUAUCUAUCUAUCUAUCUAUCUAUCUAUCUAUCUAUGUCAGCCUUUUCAUAUCUAUCUAUCAUCUAUCUAUCUAUCAUCUAUCUAUCUAUCUAUCUAUCUAUCUAUCUAUCGCAAACUAUUCAUAUCUAUCUCUGUCUAUUCAUAUCUAUCUAUCUAUCUAUCUAUCUAUCUAUCUAUCUAUCUAUCUAUCUAUCUCGCUUCGUUGAUAUCUAUCUAUUUAUCUAUCUUAGCCUCUUCUCUAUCUAUCUAUCUCUCUAUCUAUCUACCUCAGUCUGUUCAUAUCUAUCUAUCUAUCUAUCUAUCUAUCUAUCUAUCUAUCUAUCUAUCUAUACGGUCAGUCAAUGUCGAAAUGGCAAAGUUCGAUGAGUGCAUUUUUCAUGAUCAAGAUGAACUAAGCAGUCACGAAUAA